AUGUCUCAAGAAGAAGAAGAAAAGUCUAAAAAGACAAAUUUUUGGCAACGAUUUCAUAUUAAAAAACAACAUAAAACACAAAUUGAAGUAGUGAGCAUUCAAAGUCUGUUUCGAUAUGCUACUAUUCCUGAAUUAUUUUACAUAGUGUUAGGAACUAUUGCAUCCUUAGCUUUUGGGAUUUGUCUCCCAUUAGCUUUGGUAAGUUUUGGUAAUUUGGUUGAUUCAUUUAUUGAUCACGCAACUAAUCUAUGUUCAUUCAAUUUGACAUCUCUCACUCAACAAUA